AUGUCAGGUAAUUAUCAACAAGAAGAUGAUUAUGACCAUAUCAACAAUACUUUAAUUUAUUCUUCCACUAAUAUACCAGGACCCGGUUGUAAUAAAAUUGAUUUUGACAGCUGUCCUAAUCAUAAAUGUACGUGCACUGAUUUAUGUAAAAUAUCGACCUGUAAUUGUAUUGGUGAUACUUAUAAUUAUGACACCUUGCAUAGAAUUAUAUCACCUAACAGAUUCAUAAAUGAAUGCAAUGAGUAUUGUGCUUGUAUAACAUGUCAAAAUCGUGUUGUUCAACUAGGACCACGAAUUGGAUUACGUAUAACCGCUUGUAAAAAAGGUUAUGGUUUAUACACAGACAUUUCUAUACAAAAAGGCCAGUUUAUUUGUGAAUAUGCCGGUGAAAUAAUUGAUUUAUCAGAAGCCCAGAAACGAACACAAUUAGACAGCGAUAAUUAUAUUUUCGUGUUGAAUGAACACUUUUUCAACCAUAUGAAAACUACUGUAAUCGACAAUACGUAUAUUGGAAAUAUUGGUCGUUACAUAAACCAUAGUUGUCAGCCUAAUUGUGUGGUUGUUCCAGUUCGUGUAAACUCGUUUAUUCCAAGACUAGCGAUUUUCGCUAUAAUAGAUAUUGGAGUUGGCGAAGAAAUAACAUAUCAUUACGGUGUAGGAAAUAAUUCUUCUACCGAAAGUAGCCUUUCUAAAACCAAAUGUUUAUGUUCAUCAACCAAUUGUAAAGGUUAUUUACCUAGUAAAACAGGGUUAUUUUGAUAUCUGUUUAUUUUUUAUUUUAUAAGUUAUGUUGUAUAUAUUAUAGAGUAUAAAAUUUGUAUGCAAAAAUAAUAAGAUAUAUUGUUAUUUAUUAUUAAAAAUGUAAAUAUAUUUUAUUGAUAUUCGUUGUAAAUGCUGUUGAGAAAUAAAUAAAUAAAUAAUA